UAAUGGAACUGUUCCAAGAGAAUUCGGAAACAUGGUUAAUCUGCAGAGUCUCACUCUUAGUUUUAAUAAUCUCACAGGUAAGUUGCCCGAGGAAGUCAAUAAACUCACAAAAUUAACAGAACUUAGGCUGAGCGGUAACAACUUCACUGGAAUAUUUCCUAGUUUUGAGAGUUUGAAAAACCUUCAGAAAUUAGAGAUUCAAGCUUCGGGUUUUGAAGGACCUGUACCACCAAGCAUUUCUGUCUUGACUGAAAUGAAGGAAUUGUGAGUUGUUUUCUAGGUUGCAUACUUUCUUUAGUUGAUUAUUAUGGUGUCC